AAAGUCGUGUGUGCAAUGUUGCUUGUUGCAAACAUGUGGAAGCUGUUGAUUCUUCACUCCUUAAUAAUAUACAGUGUGUCAGAGGCAUCGAGAGGAGACACUUCCAAUGAAUACACUGGUUGUUACCAUGUUUGUCAUUUCAAUACAUGUUCUUCAAGUAGAGGACGAGCACAGUACGAAUCCACACAAAGCCUGAGUGAAAGAGUCCUGCAGUGGACAUGCGAUGACGAGUGCAAGUAUAACUGCAUGUGGCACACAACGGAGAUAUUUGUAAGCAAGGGGCUAGAGAUUCCUCAGUUCUUUGGCAAGUGGCCAUUUGUGCGAGUAUGGGGCAUGCAAGAACCGGCUGCUGUGUUAUUCUCCGUCUUUAAUCUCUUUGCGCAUAUUAUCAGUCUGCAUAAAUUCCGCCAAGCUGUGCCCUCUAUCGCUCCACUAUAUAAGUUUUGGCAUGUCCAUGCUUUGAUAUGCAUAAACGCCUGGCUGUGGUCGGUGGUUUUCCACGCUCGGGAUACUCCGUGGACAGAGCGAAUGGAUUACUUCUCGGCCUUUUCUAUGGUUCUCUUUUCUCUCUUCGGUCUCCUUGUGAGACUAUCGGGACCACACCACUGGAAGAGGAAGGAAAUCCUCGGCCUAGUUUGCAUCCUGUUCUUUACUUACCACGUUUGGUAUCUCACUCGAGGGAGAUUUGACUACGGGUACAACAUGAAGGUCAAUAUUCUCGUGGGUAUCUUGAACGGAUGUGGAUGGAUAGCUUGGGGCGUUCCUCGUUCCAACAGGCCUCAUGUCAGAUGGUGCAUACUGACCGUUAUUGGCGCUGUGGCCUCGAUGCUGCUAGAGCUCGGAGAUUUCCCCCCUUUCUUCUGGGCUGUUGAUGCGCAUGCACUGUGGCACCUGGCAACAGCACCUCUCCCGUUCAUGUGGUACAAAUUCUUGGAAGGAGACUGCAAUUACCUCCUGAGAGGGAAAGCCUUUGACUAUAGAAAGCAAAUUUAAUAUUCAGUUAUUGCUAAGUGUGUUGUUAUUACAAUUUACUAGGAGAAUUGAAUGACUUGAAAUGUUGAUCAUGUCCAAAAAUUUUAGUUUUGCAGAAGGUUUAUACUUUUAUCGAAUUUUUCGUGUCUACGUUUCAUGUCGGUAUGUAGGGAAUUGUAGUUCUUUUUCCUGUAUUUUGUGAUGCUAUGACGAACAUGUUCAAAAAAGAAAUUCCAUGGGUAUUUUUGUUGUGAAUUUUCUACUUAAUGACUUUAAAAAACUGUACUUACAUAAGCAAAGAUAGACCUCAAGAACAAAUUAUAUAAAAAUUCAUGGUGAAUGGGAUAGGUGUAAGAAAGUAUAUAGAAAUUCCGAUUCAAACCAAAGCAGUAUUUUCAAGUAUCACCAGAUUUCCAUUCACAAUUCAGCAGUAUUUAUAGCAGAUUGAUUGAUUAAUUAUAUAGAGAUUUAAUGCACUGGUUUAUGAAUACCUUGGAUAAUCAAUUUUCCCCUUAAAGGAAAAGUCUUUGUUAAUGCAUAGUAUUUACAUAAGCUAGGUAAGUAUCUGAUAGUAUAUUCAUCACAUAUUUCCACUUCAAUAUUGCUAUAGUGUAUAUACACAGUGUAUGAUAAUCAUGAAUCUAUGUUGAGAGUAUAUUAAAGUGUUGUCUUUCACAUAGUAUAUAUUGUAGAUGUCAUGUUGUAUUACAAUGUAUAUGUUUGCUUGAUAUGUUAUAGGUUUAUGUUUGUUAUAAUCUGUUUAUAAUUACGUUUAUUUGAUAUGGGUAACACUGAACUUUCUAUCCCAUAAUUAUAUGUACAAAUGAUAGAUGUUGUAUUACUGCUAGACAGUAGAAACAUGAUGACAUGGAUAUAUUACAGAGAUGUUGUAUUGUAUUUUGCAUAAAUUUGUUAAGCCUUUAAGAAUAAAAGCAAUUUAUGCAGUUCA